CUGCUGGCGGAAACUUCGCCACAUGUAGAAAAUCUUAACGAAGUGGAAAGAGGUGAAUACAUUUCCGCCAUUCUUCAUGGCGUCACCUCUACCUUCGAAGGACCAAAGGUAAUAGUGCGCAGAGAAUAUUCUCUAUCUGGCACUAAUGGUAAAGGUCGAUUCGACUUUACCAUUAUGCAGG